AUGCCACCGGCAACUGAAGCUGACGCGAUCGGAGACAAGCUGGUGCCGCUCACGUCUGUCCCCGGACGUGGAGGUCGCCACACGACAGAAUCUGCGCCGGUGGAGCUGACUGCCGGAGAGAAGUACAAACUACGCGUCGAGAUGGUGCACACCAGCCAUCUCAAGUACGAAAACGCCGAUAGUGCUUAUAUAAAGCAAGUCCCUAUGUGA